AUGAGAACCAAUGUUGGUAGUUCCAGUGCAAGGCAGGAAGAGAGUCUUGAGGAAAAACUGUACAUUGCCCUAAUGAGAGAAAAGUGGGAUGUAGUUGUAAAUAUUUUCAGAGACCAUCCACUGGUUCAUGAUAAGAAGAUGGCAGAUAUGGUUAUGCCAAAAAAUGAGAGCCCUGAUUCACACUAUGACGAGUCUCGGUUCGACACAGCUUUGCAUUGGGCUAUCACUAAUGAAGCUCCAGAAUCUAUUGUUGAGAAACUGGUUAAUGAAAUAGCCAAUACUGGAAAUGGUAGGGCUUCACAGACUCUUCAAGCCAAGGAUGAUAAAGGGGAUACUCCCUUGCAUUGUGCAGCCUCACGAGGGUCUAUCGCGAUUUGUCGACACAUUACAUGUGUCUGUCCUCCAUUGGUUCUCGAGCGCAACAACGUUGGAGAGACGCCGUUGUUCUUGGCUGCUCUUAAUGGUCACCAACAGACUUUCCUUUAUCUGCAUUCAACUUGCAUGGAGGUGGAACCAAUGUUGCCUGCCUCAAUCUGGAAAAGAAAUGAUGGAGAUACUAUACUUCACUUUACCAUUAGGAGAAAACACUUUGGUCAGUAA